AUGCCGCGUCGUGAUCAACUGCCAGACCUCUCAUCCGACCACUUACCCAUUAUCAUCACACUGCCUUCCACCAAAGGCACCAACUGGCACACAUCACAAACCAUUCGCAACUACAACAGAAGCUCCUGGGAAGAAUUCACAAGGGAAACGAAGGUCUGCUUCCAGGAGCUGAACACACAACCCAUCACCAACAUUGACCACACCCUCACCCACUUCAACACCAUCAUCGCCGAAGCUGAUAAGAAAUAUGUCCCCAAGGGAAACAGGAAAAAGUACAACCCUAAUUUCACACCUGAUAUCUCCCGUCUCAUCAGAACACGCAACAACCUACGAUGCACACCAACACCACUCUCACAGGCAACUACAGACCACAUCCACGAACUGAAUGAACAAAUCAAAACCUCUAUAAGGAACAGACAGAAGCAACGCUGGGAAGAAUUCCACGCUGGCCUCCAGAAAACCCCAGAAGAAAUUCAGCAAAUUGGCUUCAAUGAAGUAGCAAGGAUAGAAGCCCCCAUGCAAGAGUUCGUGUACGAGCUCGGCUACAACAUGUCGACCCAGAACUUCUCCAACAUGAUCCUGAACGACCCUGCCAACUUCUACACCACAGCAGAGGUGGAUCUACUGAACGGCUUCCGCUACGUCGUCUACAACGUCACCACGCCCGCGGUGCCGCUCAUCUUCAAAAACAUUCCGUCUGCUGAAAUCAUAGUGCAGGCCGACCCUACGGGUACGGGCGCCUAUUAUCUAGCGGGCUCGGACGACGGGUCACGGCCCGGCGUGUUCUACGUGGGCACGCAGGAUCUUAACUCAUCCCCCAAGUACGGGAUGCUUACCCUCUCUCUGCACGAGGGUAACCUUGGCCAUCACCUGCAGGGCUCCUAUGCCCUCGAGUCUCCUAACUUACCCUACUUCAGGAGUGCCAUGGAGGACAGGAACUACGGAUACGCUCCUUCAAGGUUCCCGAUCCGCGCGUGCUACAUGGAGGGCUGGGGCUUGUACGCCGAGAGCACAGGCUUCGACAUGAACCUGUACGGCGACCUCCUCGAGCGCUAUGGCCACUACUCGGACGAGAUCUUCCGCGCCUGCAGACUAGUUGUCGACACCGGCAUGCACGCUUUGGGCUGGACGAGACAGGAAGCUGUUGAUUAUAUUCUGCAGUACACCGCCCAGUCGGCGCUCGAGAACGAGGUUGACCGCUACAUCACGUGGCCGGGCCAGGCACUCGCCUACAAGUCAGGGCCUAUACUUUCAACAAACUUCAGGUCGAGCGCCGAGCAGCAGCUGGGCAGUCAGUUCGACAUCAAAGACUUCCAUGACGUCAUCCUUGACAGCUUGGGACCGAUGAGUGUCGUCGAAGAAGAGGUUAAUGAGUGGAUUGCAAGCACUCUUAAUCCCUGAGAAUGCGUCAGG